CAAAAACGAAGAAAAUAUAUUCGAAGGCCAAAACAUACGUCUGACAUCAUGAAAUGCCCAAAUAUAUUAAAGCCAUCAGUUGCCGUUGGUGUUGCUGUUGCUGUCAGCUGUUUUGCAUUGUUUCUUGCGCCAUGUUGUGUGGCCGCUGCCAUAGAUGCUGAAGGGCUGCCACAAGAACUAUUGGUGCCAUUCAAUGAUUUAUUACCGCCACUGCUCGAUGCUGAGUUCGAGCAGGCAAAAACGACGUCGACAACAGUAGCAGCAACAAGACCAACAACAACAACGACUACCCCCUCAACUACUACCACGACUACUACGACGCCAGCGCCAACAACGACCCAAGCUCCUACGACGAAUACAACCCCCACCACAACAACCACCAGAAUCACUACGACCACCGAGUCACCAACUAGUACAACCACCUCAGUAAGAGCGCCAUUAACAGCGGCGCCACCGAAACCAACUAAAGCUGCAACAGCACAACAACUAAAGAAGUCACAAUUCCAAUUGGAACAGCAAAAACAACAGCAGCAAAAUCAACAACAAAAACAACAGUCCUUGACAUUACCAACGUUAGAUUUAAAUCCAGAAGUGCCACCACCACUGGCUACUAGCGUCACCACUCAGCACAGCUGGUUCAACCAGUCAGUUGCCAAAGCGCCGCAGGCACUUUAUAUUAAAGCCAUCAGUUGCCCUUGGUGUUGCUGUUGCUGUCAGCUGCUUUGCAUUGUUUCUUGCANAGAAGUGCCACCACCACUGCCUGAAGCAGAAGCACCGGUAGCGCCGGUCAAGGUGCCAGAGUUUAAACAAGCCGCUUCAACGCAGCAUUUGCAACAUGUGCAGGCAGCGCAAACACAAUUUCAUACGAUACAACAACACUUACAGCCACAAAAGCAACAACAACAGAAGCAACAGUUUGCCAAGCAAUUUCUGCAACAACCACAAAUACAGCAUAAGUUGCAGCCACAAGCUGCUUCAACUAUCAACAAAGUGGCACAUACACCGCAGCAGGCACCACAAGUACGCCAGCAGCAGCAGCAAGUAAAUAUCGAACAACUACAACAAUAUCUUCAAUACGUUUAUCAUCCGACGACACGCCGGCCAUCACGCGGCAUGUUGCCCACACUGACGCCAUUUCCGCGGCAUUUGAAGUGAAGUGAAGUGAAGUGAAGAAAAGUGCCGUGUGGUGAAUAAGACUUUGCGAUGGCUUGCCCACCACCAUCACACUUCAAGAAGACUUAACUUAUUCUCGCGAUAACUUAAACCGACUCAACUCAUUUUCAGUGAUUAACUAGUUAGUUUUAUGGAAAAUAAUAUGAAACGAAAUGGCAACGAAGCGAAAUAUGGAAUUUUAAU